AUGGGAGAAACGCAAAUAUGGCAAAAACACAAAUAUGGGAAAAACGCAAAUAUGAGAAAAACGCAAAUAUGGGAAAAACGCAAAUAUGGGGAAAGACGCAAAUAUGGGGAAAGGCACAAAUAUGGGGAAAGACGAAAAUAUGGGGAAAGACGCAAAUAUGGGGAAAAACGCAAAUAUAGGGAAAGACGCAAAUAUGGGGAAAGACGCAAAUAUGGCAAAAACGCAAAUAUGGGAAAAACGCAAAUAUGGCAAAAACGCAAAUGUGGGAAAUACGCAAAUAUGGCAAAAACGCAAAUAUGGUUAAAACGCAAAUAA